AUAUUUUAGAAAGCCCUGAAGACAUUCAAUGAAAGAAAAAGACAAGAUGGAGAUGCUGUGCUUCCGUUUACCAGGCCAUGGGGACACAACCCUAAAGCACAUGAAUUCGCUGAGGUCCCGCCAGCAUUUCUGUGAUAUCACCAUUGUGGCCAGCAACAACCAGACAUUCAAGGGACAUAAGGUGGUGCUGGCUGCCUGCUCACCUUUCCUGAGGGACCAGUUCCUCCUCAACCCGUCCCCCAAACUUCAGGUGUCGAUGCUGUACAGCUCCACGGUAGUGUGUGAUCUGCUUCAGUCCUGUUACACUGGUGUGCUGCAGUUUAAUCCUGAGGAGAUCGUCAACUACCUCACCGCAGCUAGCUACCUGCAGAUGGAGCACAUAGUGGAGCGCUGCCGAGGAGCUCUGAAGAAGUAUAUGCAGCUAAAGAACCCAAGUGCACCAAAGAUGACUGCAGAGGCGAGUCAGCCGCGACCAGUGAUCGUCACUGGCAGCAUUCAUUCUGUUGCAUCUCCUCCCACUAGCCACGCAUCUCCUCUGCACCCACACAAUCCUGUGCGCUCACUGGAUGAGAACAGCGGUGAUAUGUCUGUUCAGGGCAGCGGUCAAAAUCACAAUGACAGACCCAUGGUGGAUGAGCCAUGUAUUAAGUCUUCAAUCCUGUUACAGAUUACUGCAUCAGACGAGGAGGAAGAGGCCAGGCAGGAGGAAUACGAUGUGUUCAGAGUGUACAUCUCUGAGGAAGAGCAGAUGAACAGAUACAGGGAGGAGGAGAGGGGGGCUCCCUCUGAUGAACCUCAAGAUGGUUGUUACCCAGAGACUGAAGAUAUCGUGAUAACAGGAGGUGGCAGUGAGUAUGACUUGAAUGAAACAGCAGAAGAAGAUCUCAGUGCUGGAGGACUUGCAUUGCAGGAACUCCGGACUUUCAAACGCAGGCUGUCUGACCCUACAUUUGCCCGGGGAAGAGGGAGAGGCAGGGGGAGGGGUUUCAAAAGGAGAAGGUGGAUGUCAUCUCACGAGAAAAAAACAUCAGACAUGGCUCACCAGAAGGAUUUGUGGUACAUGGCACCUACUGGAUUAGGAGGGAGCAUUGGGCUAGACUAUAGCCAAGAAGGGCUUAAGACAGGAAGCUAUGUCUCAGUUGAACUCCCUCAGUUAGACUUCAGUAUGGCCAGCGCUCAGGGAGAAAAGAUUUCCCCAAUGACUGCCAACAGUUUGAACCAGUAUUCCCUAGAGGAUUCUAGUGGUGCUGCUGGUGAGGGGAGUUCAAGGUUGACGACUGUUGGUGCAAAUGAGGGAGGGGAUGAGUCUGUUGCGGUGGUGGGGUCAACCUCAAGUGUAGCUGGGCCUGUAAUCUGUGAGCAUUGUGGCAUGACAUUCCCCUCAGCACACUCCCUUGCACUCCACUCCCGCUCCACUCACCUGCUGUAUGCCUGCCCGUGCUGUGGCAAACACUUCCACCACUCUGCCAACCUCACCCGCCACAUGGCUGGGCAAAUGGCUGUGCACAGGGGGGCCGGGAAAACCCACCAGUGCCCCCUGUGCUAUAAGGCAUUUACCCAAAAAUCCACGCUGAUAGACCACAUGAACCUCCACAGUGGCGAGCGCCCCCACCGCUGCGCCUACUGCCAUGCCCAUUUUGCCCACAAGCCCGCCUUGAGACGCCACCUGAAGGAGCAGCAUGGAAAAACCACAGGGCAGAACUCUCAACAUGAGCAGGAGGAGAUUGAGAGAGCGAGAGGAGCUGCUGGAAGAAUACGAGAGGAAGAGCAAGAAUGCCUGGUUACUGAACAAGUGUCAUAGGCCAGAGCGUCAGUAAUGUGUUUAAAUGUCUGAAAAUCCUCAGCCAAGCUGUCCACUGGUCAAUGAAAGGUUUGUGGAGUUUAAGCAAGUGCUGAAAACCGACUAUGAUGCCUUUGAAAUCUGACUGACUUUCAUAUGAGCUGUUUUUUAAAAUUUAAAACCAGCAUAUGUCCUAUCUGCAGUGUUUGUGAUUCACACUCAAUAGUUGUAGGCUACUGGGAGAAGAUGGUACUGCACUCCUUGUGUUAUUUUGCUGCACUCCUUGUGUUAUUUUGUUGAUUUGCUGCAGCUGCAGGAUAGCACAUGUGGCAUGUGCCAAAUGAAUGGAACCUAUGCCCACUUGACACCAUGCCAGUCGGCUUUUGGAGUGCACCCACUGAGACAAGAGGACUUUAUCAGAGCAGACAUUUGUCAUGGUAGGAAAAGCACAGGUGUUACUAGUAACACUACUGAUGGCUCUGUCAUGACAGCAUGGACCCAGCAUGCACAAUAUCAGGACACAGAGACUGAAGUGGCAUUAAAUUAGCCAGUAAUUGUAUUUACACCUGUACGUUUUCAACUGUAACAAAUCAGACUAGGUUCGUUCGAGAUGAGCCAGGUCUGUCCUGAAUGGCCAUCAUUGCCAGUUUAGAGCCUGUCUUGUGGAUGUGAGCACAGUAUCAAGGUGGCUGCAGUUUCAGUUGCUCUCUGCCAGCUGCAAACCCUCAGAGCAUGAUGGGAGAUACCAGGGUCUAAUCUGAUCUAAGGGCUGACAGGUUUAGAUGAUGGGUCAACAGCAUGAAGUUUCAGAGAAACUUGUCAUUU